GCGCACGCUCGGCGGGCACACGCUUCACGUUGAGCACCAGUCGAAAACUGUGGGUGGUUUCUGUUGAACCUUCUCUGGUGUAUUACCUGUUGUAAAGAAUUACUGGUUGUAUAUGUUAAAAAAAAAACAGCUUAUCGCUUUGAAAUUGCAGAGUGUUGUUUUAAGACCAUACAGCCACCGAAGUGGUGUAAAGCUAACUCAGUUGCGUAAUACACGGUUUGCUUCAGAGAAAAAAUUGCAAGAAAGUAUACCACCGGGGACUGCUGAAAUAGAAUUUUAAAUAUGCAGGUAUAGACCAGGCACAUCCCCAUAAGAACGACAUAACUGGCUGAUGGCACGUGUAUUGUCUCUCUAUCGCUCCCUAUCUCUGCACCGCCCUCUGUGUGUUUGGGGCUUGGCGGUUCGGAGGAUGUCGCUAGAGCAACGGGCCCAGAAGGUGUUUGCAGCGGCAGUGGAGGGAGUGCAGCCUGAUGUGGUAGUUCGCCGGAGCCUGCAGCGCAGUGGAGACUGCCUCCUGGUGGACGGAUGCAGCUUUACUCUCAGACACAACUUGCAUCUGGUGGGCUUUGGCAAGGCGGUGCUGGGCAUGGCGUCCGAGGCAGAGAGGAUCCUGGGAGACCAUAUAGUCAGGGGUGUGAUCAGUGUUCCAGUUGGCAUCCAGGAGGCAUUGCGGAACCACGGGAAGGGGCACAUGCUGCUGGGGGCAAACAGUCGUAUUGAGGUCUUGGAGGGGGCAAGACACAACCUGCCGGACGCAGACGCUCGAAGGGCAGCCGACCGCAUCCGUCAGAUUGCCACUGAGCUCACAGAGUCUGACAUACUACUUGUUCUCAUCUCAGGAGGUGGGUCUGCUCUUCUGCCUUCACCCAUCCCACCGAUCUCUCUGGAGGAGAAACAGGAAGUAACCCGCAAGCUAGCAGGUGCUGGUGCCACUAUCCAGGAGUUGAACACUGUGCGGAGAGCCCUCUCUCAGUUGAAGGGAGGUGGUCUAGCCCACUGUGCCCACCCUGCUAAGGUGGUAGCACUCGUUCUCUCGGACGUGAUUGGAGACCCUCUGGAUCUGAUUGCAAGUGGUCCUACUGUGCCAUUUGAAGCUGGACCAGAAGAGGUGUGGCAGGUUUUGGAGCGCUAUAGACUCAACGAUUCGCUGCCAGCGUCGGUCAAGGAGGUGCUUGGCCAAGCCAAGCUGCGGCCAGGAAAGGAGGAAAUGGGGGAAGAGGUGGAAGAGAGUCGGGUGCUGAAUGUGGUGAUUGGCUCUAAUGGCAUUGCCCUCCAAUCUGCCGGCCGGUGUGCACGUGAGCUGGGGCUCCGUCCCAUCGUGCUGUCCCCGGCGGUUUGUGGGAACGUGCGCUCGGUGGCCAAUCUCUAUGGCCUGCUGGCCCGUUUCGGCUGCGCCACGGUUGACCCGCCUGCUGAAUGGGCCCAGCAGAUCCUGCAGCUGGGGCCCGAGGUCGGCGUGGAGAGCUGGGACCUGUAUCGAGCCAUGCGUGUGCUACGAGAGGGGCACGACGAAGGCUGGGGCGUCACCUGCCUGAUGGCUGGAGGGGAGCCUACGGUUGAGCUGAUUGGGAUGGGUCGGGGAGGGCGGAACCAGGAGCUGGCUCUGCGGGUGGGACUGGAGCUGGGUGGAGAGCGCCCCCUGCAGGACACUGUGUUCCUAAGUGGUGGCACAGAUGGCCAGGAUGGACCCACGGAUGCUGCAGGUGCCGUGACUGAUGGCGGCCUUCAAGAGGAAGCCCACUCGCAGGGCCUCGACAGCAGCAACUUCCUCCUUAACAACGACUCCUACUCAUUUUUUUCACGACUAUCUUCUGGCCGACGCUUGCUUCUGCCAGGACUCACUGGCACUAAUGUGAUGGAUGUGCACCUUCUGCUGCUGCCCACAAGCUCCACCCAUCCCCGGCAAUGAAAUGGCCUUAGGCUGGUCAUAUCAUAGCAGUCCUGUCAUUCUUAUGCAACAUCAAGGGGGUAUUAAGCAGAUUAGCUAGUAGCCCCAGUAGUAGUAGUUCAGACCUGAUCAAUUUCCAUUCCAGAAACUGAGAUCAAGGUGAGCAUCACUUAAUUACUAUGGCAAUUAAUGCUUUGAACCGUGGUUGUGGUUGUGUGCUGGGCUGUCAGAUUCAGCCUGCCCAUUUCUUCAAGAGAUGGUUGACAUAGAAGCGGAAAUUCUUCACCAGUUAGACAUUCUGCUAUUCCCUGGCAAAUAACUUGCAAAACUCUUCUUACCGCAGUCCAUGAUUUAUUCACUUAUGUUCCCCUGGGAUCAAUAAAGUAUAAUUUGAUUUGGAUUUAUUUGA